AUGACAUUCUCUGCGCUUCUCGACUCGUUUGUUGGCGCUCGAAGGAAGGAACUGCCGAAAUCAUCAUCAUCAUCAUCACAUCCAGAGGAGCCAUUACAGAAGCGUCGAAAAUUACAUUCUCCUGCUCCCGAGAUACCGAUUGAGACGACUGGCAAUAACUGUCCCGACGACUGUAUAUCUCUUGGCGAAGAAAACAAGAAUCUUACAUCAUACAAAGCACAUUUUGAUAUACAGGAAGCACCUCGACCCUCUGUUAUUCUCUCGACAGUUGUUCAUCCAGUAUUAGGUAGAGUCACAGUAUCGAAUACUCAACUGCUCUCGGAAUGUGCUGCCGACAAUUCAGAACCAUUUCAGGUACGCAGAAUCAAACCCCAUAUUCGUGAGACUAUCCUAAUCAUGCUCGCUACUCUACAGUCAGGUGAAAUAUCUCCAUACCGAUCCCAGCUAUCCCGAUAUAUACGUAAUUAUGCGGAUGUCGCCCUUGCAAGUGCUUCAGGGACAGAUCGGGGGACCUUUCGUCGGCUUGUUUGUUCACACAGCCUGGCCCACGUUCUAACGACUCGCCAAAUAGUGCUUAAGAACAGCGCCAGGCUUGCAAAACAAAUUAACAGCGGUGGAGACGAAACUGACGGCAGAAGAGAUCAAGGGUUCACAAGGCCAAAAAUCCUCUUCGUUCUUCCGACAAGAAACUCAUGCUAUGAAGUUGUCAACCAUAUAAUCAGUUUUGCGCAAGGACAUGGCUGCGAAAAUAGGCAACGUUUUAACGAGGAGUACGGUCCCGGUACUGAGAGGCAGUUCUCCAACACUAAACCCGAUGACUUCAAGGAUUUCUUCCAUGGCAACAGCGAUGAUAUGUUUAGGAUUGGGGUCAAGCUAACCCGGAAAACCGUUAAACUAUUCUCAAAAUUCUACCACUCGGAUAUUAUCCUAGCAAGCCCUCUCGGACUCAAGUCGGUGAUUUCAUCAGCAGCAAAAGGUGGCAGCGAUACGGAUUUCCUCAGCUCGAUAGAAAUUCUGUACUUGGAUAGUGCAGAUGCCCUCCAAAUGCAAAAUUGGGACCACGUAGAGUCAAUAUUGGCUAGUAUGAACCAAAUGCCCAAAAAUGCACAUGAUUGUGAUUUCUCCCGUGUGCGGAACUGGUAUCUAGGCGGAAAUGCCGCUUCAUUUCGACAAACCAUCAUAUCAACCGCCUUUUUAUUCCCAGAAACCAACUCUCUUCUUUCCAGAUACAGCAAAAACUACAGGGGAUUAAUUAAGUUUCAUAACUUAUACACUGGAGAACUUAGCCCAUACAUACCCCAGGUUUUCACGAAAAUACAGUCCACAAAUCCCGCGCUUGACCCCGACAUCCGAUUCGAAUACUUCACAAAAACAAUUAUGCCAUCCUGGAAGAAUGGCGGGAUAAUAGAUAAAGGGGGGCUGCUUGUUUUUCUAUCAUCGUAUCUAGAUGCCAUCCGUCUCCGAAACUAUUUCAACAAGACCGGUCAUAGUUUUGGCGACAUCAACGAGUAUACAUCGGCAUCGGAUAUAGCGCGUUCUCGUGCACAUUUUUCGUCGGGGAGGUACAAGAUCCUCAUUUAUACGGAGAGAGCGCAUUAUUUCAGAAGGUAUGACUUGAAGGGUGUGCAUAACAUAUUCUUGUAUAGCAUGCCCGGGAAUGCGAUGUUCUACCAGGAGCUUGUCGGGUUCCUGCGGGGGAGUAUAUCAGAUGGUAAAUCCCAGCUGGAGGAGUCCAAGGUUCGAGCGCUUUUCACGACGUGGGAUGCCUUGAAGGUGGAGAGGAUUGUAGGCAGCGCAGCAUAUGACGAGAUCAAGAGGAACGAUGUUGAUAGUGUAGAUUUUGAGUUCCCAUAA